AUGUCGCAGGAAGUAGAGUACAGCGUCUUUUACUGGCCAGGCAUCCCGGGUCGAGGCGAGUUCACCCGACUGGCUUUCGAACACGCCAAGACCAAGUACAACGACAUCGGUGACAUUCCUGAACUCCUUCGACUUCUCUCAAACAAGGAUGUCCCGGGCAUCGCAGCUCCCCACUUUGCCGUCCCCGUCCUCGGCGUUCGAGACAAGAGCAUGGACAAGAUGCACUACAUUAGUCAAGUUCCAGCUCAGCUCAGCUUCCUUGCUCCUCGACUCGGACUUCUCGGCGAUGCAGACAAACUACAAGGUCUCGAACGAGAUGUUGCGGUAGCUCAGAUCUAUCAGCUCUGUGCUACAGCCCUCGAUAUGAACACCGAAACGCACGACACGCAUCACCCCAUCUCGGUUUCUAGCCUUUACGAGGAUCAGAAGAAAGAGGCCAAGAAGAGGGCUGCUGAUUUCAGGACGAAUCGAGUUCCGAAGUUCUUGCAGCUUUUUGAGGUUGCGUUGAGCAAAGAUGGCGCUGGAGUGGAUAAGAAGGAUUCUGGAAAGAAGAGGAUGUAUGGAAGUAAGACGACAGUGGCUGAUCUGGCUGUGUUUCAGGUAUUGGAUGGGUUGUUGUUCGCUUUCCCCAAGUGCUUGGGCAAGCACAGGAGCAGUGGAGAGUACAAGCAUGUCUUCGAGCUGUAUGACGAGAUUAAGGGCGAGUUGAAGGAAUAUUUAGAUAGCGAUAGGAGGAGGCCUUAUUCGGACGGUAUCUUCAGACACUAUCCCGAGCUCGACGAUGAGUAG